AUGGCACAUGAAUCACAAGAGACAGAUGAGAAAAAGUGGCCUCCAUAUGUAGAACAUAUUUUUAUUGAGAUCAUGUUGGAGGAACAACUUAAAGGUAACAUGCCAAGCGGUGUGUUCAAGGGUCCUACAUGGGCAUCAAUUACAGCUGAACUUAACCAAAGGACCAGGAAAGACUUUGUCUUUAAGCAAGUUCAACAGAAGCACAAUAGGCUUCGACUCAAACAACGCAAGUGGAGCCAAUUGCUAAGACACAUGGGGUUGGGAUGGGACGAGCAGACCCAAACAGUGACUUGUUCUGACGAAGCCAAUCGUGGUGCAGCUAACUUAAGGAAACAGGGAUGCCCAGACUACCUAUCACUGCAGCAAUUAUUCACCACUAGUAUUGCGAUUGGGAACCUCCAGAUCUCCUCAAACACUCAUCCCCUAAAUAGUGACGAGGAGCGUGCCUUAGAAGAAGAGCUUGCCAAUGCCAAUGCCAAUGCCAAUGCAAGUGCACCCACUCAUCUGGACGAUGAUUGUUACACCCCUAACUUUGAUAGUUUCCCACAAACUGUGGAGGAUGCUGAGGUUGAGGAGGUAACCCGGAGGGAGGAAAAACGUCCUGUGCAAGAUGCAAGUGGCAAGGGUAAGAAGGCCUUGAAGAAGUCGGAUAGGGUAAGUGAAAUGACUACGGCCCUAAAAGAGUACAACGCAAUGUCCGAACGUAGGUAUAGUGGUAAACUCGGCAGGGCUAGCGGUUCAUCUGACCAAUUCUCUCAAUCCGUUGUAGGGGGUGAUCCUUGUUCACUUUCCAAGGCAAUGGGCGUGCUGAACACGUAUGCGGAUCUGAGUAACAAGGCCUACAUCAAGAUGUUAAAGGUUUUGCAGCAAAAGGAUAAUAGGGUAGUGUUUAUGUGUAUGCCGGAGCAUAGGAGGAAGUCUUGGAUUGAGGACAUUUUAAACCCGGAGGAGGAUUGA